AUGCUGGUGAAAAGUAUCAAGGCAUCCGAUCACCUGACAGAUCUCGGAGAAACGUUCAGCAUCCUCCAAGAAUACCAGAUGAAGCUAAAUCUCGCGAAGUGUGCUUUCGGAAGAUCCGAAGUUUCAGGCCGGUUAACCAAGUGGGCCAUCGAGCUCGGAGAGUUCGACAUUCAGUUUCGUCCAAAGACGGCGAUUAAGGGCCAAGACGUGGCCGACUUCAUUGCCGAAUUCACCACUCCAAGUGCAGGAGAGGUCAGCACCGAAGGCAAGACCAUUCCACCUGAGCCUCCGUCCAACCCAGGGAAUGUAUCGAAAUCUGGAUGGAUCCUCUAUGCAGAGAAGAAAGCGGUUAACCCAGUGCAAGCUACUCUGAGCUGGAUGGACCCAGUUUUCAACUACCUCACAUCUGGCUACAUCCCUUCGGAUAAACUGGAAGCCAGGCGCCUGAGAGUCCGAGCUGCGCGGUACGUCGUCCUCGAUGGCAUCUUAUAUAAGAAAUGGCAUUCUCAACCCUACCUCAAGUGCCUCCGACCCGACGAGGCCGAUUACGUGAUUCGAAAAAUUCAUGAAGGAAUCUGCGGAAACCACUUUGGCAGCCGAUCCUUAGCCCUGAAGAUACUCCGACAAGGAUAUUUCUGGCCGACUAUUAAGGAAGAUUCAAAGAACUACGUUCAAAAGCGCGACAAAUGCCAACGCUAUGCAGCUGCGCCGAGGCAAUAUGCAGAGAAAAUGACUCCCAUGAGCGGUCUGUGGCCAUUCACUCAGUGGGGAAUUGACAUCAUCGGCCAUCUACUAACAGGAAAGGGGCAAGUCAAGUUCGCUAUUGUCACAGUCGACUAUUUCACCAAACAGUUCGACAAUGAUAAGUUCCGAGGCAAGUGCAGGGAGCUCGGCAUCAUAAACGCGUACUCGUCCCCUCGGCACCCACAGUCUAACGGACAGGUAGAAGCUGUCAAUAAGGUGAUCAAGCAUCAUCUCAAAACAAAGUUGGAGAAAGCAAAGGGCAACUGGGCCGAGGAGCUCCCAUUCGUCCUCUGGGCCUACAAGACCAUAGCUUAG